GGAAAUAAAGUGGAGAGGCUGCACCGGGACGCCAUCUUUCUGACAACAACCCUCCCAGCUAGGUAAAUGUACUACUAAGAUUCGAGCAUCGUCUUACGACACAAAAGUAUAACGAAUAUCGUUUAAACAUAUCGUAAAUUUAUAAAAUGGUAAGAGGGCGAAUAACCAGAAAGAAUAAUUUUUUUUGCUGUGUAUAACUUAAAUAUUUUUGAUCUUGUAAUGCGGCCCAGUGUGUUGAAUCUGCUGUUGUAAUCCUUCACUUGUCUCUACUUGAUAUAUCUAUUCUACUGUGGCGGCAAGCGUUAAGUCGUAUUCGUUAACAGUGUUGUUAUUGCGUGAAAAAGACCACAGAAAAUGCUUAGAAUAAAAAAUGUUUUAUAGACACGUAGCAAUAUAGUUUCGAGUUGUUAAUGCUCGGCAAUGCUUGGUAGUUGUUAAUGCUCUGAGUCUGUAAUGUAAAUUAUUCUUGACAAACACUGGGAGUUACCAAACAUCCAUACAUCUGCGCGAGGUUGUUGGGUAACCUCAAGGACCUAUUUUUCCUUCAAAUGUCACAGAAGGAGGACUCUGAAAAUGACAUUUGGGAGUAUAAACCUCUAGAGAAGAAAAAGAAGAAACAGAAAUCACCAUCUACGACUGCAUCCGCCUCUAAAAGAAGAUGUACAGCCAGAAAAGCUGUGAAGAAAAGCUCUCCUGUUUCUGUCAAGUCACGUGACACAUCAGACAAUAUAGCUGAAAGUGGGGGAUGUAGUUCUUGUAUCCAUGGACAUGACAGCAUAGAGGCAAAUCAUCUCCCCUCAGAAGCAUGUCCUGCUCAUGAUAGUGUUGAAGCAGACUGUCCUGCAGAGGAGCCGUCCUCUGGGGACUUCUGCCCCAUGUGUCAGAUGCCUUUUUCAAUCCUGGUGGUACAGACUCAGAGAUGGCAUGUUGCUGAGUGUUUGGACACCCCAAGGGAUAAAUGUGAAGGUACAGUAAUGCUAUCAGCUUUGUUUUUAAAAUUUCAUAGUCCACGGUGAUCAUGAUGAACCUAUGCCAUUAGUUUAGAAUAGAUUUUAAGGUUGCUUUAUUGUUUUUUAAAGCUCUUAAUGGCUUGGCCCUUCUUAUCUAUCUGAUCUUAUUUUCCCUCAUGAGCCAGGUCAAGCCUUCAGGUCUUCAGGAAGUUCUCUGUUAACAAUACCAAAAGUUAAAACCAAGACAUAAGGAGAGGCAUCUUUUUAUUACUAUGGCCGCCAUCUAUGGAACAGCUUACCUGAAGACCUGAGGACUGCACCUCAUCUUAAUGACUUUCAAAGCAAACUGAAAACAUAUCUUUGUAGUCUUGCUUUUAACUAAGUUUUAUAUCAUUAAGUGUGUUUAAGUGUUUUAGCAUUUAUCUAUUCUAGUUUUAAUCACAGGAUCGUCCUUUAUGGAGCCAUUUUGGUGCUCUUAUUUUAGUAUCUUUUACUUGUUUUAUUUUAUCCAUUAUUUCUUAAAUUUCAUUCUAUGUUUCAUUGUUUUUAGAUUUUAACAUAAACCUCCAGUGUUUCCUUAUCUUGAGUUUUAAAAUGACAUCUCCUCAGUGCGCACAUUCCCAUUCCUGUUUCCACAAAAUCAAGCCCUUUUAAAUGUAUGCAUUUUAAUACUGUUUCUGUUGCAAUUAGAUCGUGGGAUGGGAAUGAGGGGUUGGGCUGGGGUAGAUUUGGGUAUUCUUUUAAUCUUGGGUUGGGGUAGAUUUGGGUAUUCUUUGUUUCUUUUAUUCCUUUUUCUGUGUAAAGCACUUUGUGCUACAUGUUGUAUGAAAAGUGCUAGAUAAAAAAAAACACCUAUUGAUUGAUUGAUUGAUUGAUUGAUUAGUUGAAUAUGAAAUAACAUAUUAUCCCAGUCAGAAAACCUGACAAAAUGAUCUGAAUGCUAGACAUGAUAGAAGACAGGUGGACAAAAUACUAAUACAGAAAUAUACUGCUGUCCCAACAUGCAUUUAUCAUACUGCAUGCUUCAAGAAUUAGUUGAAAAUACUGAGGCGCUCUGGACAGAUAUCCCCUUGUAAAAGGACACACUUUCUGUUUCUUGUAGUGGUCUAAUGAUGUAAACCUUAUACUUUUAAGGAGCAUAUUUUGAUGUUUACUUAUCUGUAAAUCAGAUACUUAUUACCAUUUUAACAUGAAUGUCUUCAUUUAGGUAUAGCACUAUCACUUUAUUGAGAUAACAAUGUUUUUGCUGUAAGUCACUCUGUAAUUCCACUCCUGUUUUGGAUAUGUGUUGGUGAAUUUAGCUACAUGCAAUUAUUCUUUAGUAAGCAGAGUUAAAAUUGAAAUUACAUGAACAAAAUCAAGACUUGUGUCAUAAUAACUUUGUGAUACUUAGGAAGUUUUUGGCUAGUUCAUACUUUAUUUCUUUAUAGUUGUGGGGAUAAAAGGUUAAAAAAUUAAAAGUUGAUGGCUAUCACUCCCUCCACAUAAACAUGACAUGUGAUUGUUAUUAAGUGGUGAACACUUUGAGUCCUCCCCAGUUUGUAAUAGGAUUUUUCUAUGUAAGCAUGAUUUAAGAAAACCUUAAAAUCUUUUUUCUUCAAAGUUCUUCUAGCACUGCAGCAGAUUUUGCAGUAAAACAAAAAAAAUAAUUGUGAAGUCAAUUAACUUUCAUGUGAUGAGUAAGCCCACGUGUAAAAUCAGGGUUGUGCCUCGACUUCAAAGAUCAUAGUUUCUCCCUCUGCUUCGUUUAGCCGAAUUAAAGUUGUUUUGACUCUUUUUCUGAUCACACAGAAUGUCCAGAUGGCCUCCAGUGCUCUUCCACCAUUCCAAACCAUUACAAGAAAUUCAACCACACACUCCUGGCCCACAGCCGAGCCAACAGUGACACAGCACUCCUCAGUCUGUCCCAGCAGGCCGAGAGCAACCUCACCUGUCCCCAAGGAAAGAUAAAGGAUGAUAAUGAUGGUUCCUUUUUAGAGUCUUCUCAGGAUAGUUCUCCCAGUUUUUCAGCCUUUUCAGAUAAUAAUGUUUCUAUGAACAACAAUCACAGUAGUACACCUCCAUCCAAAUGUACAAAUGGACUUCUGUUACUGCGCUCACCCGGCCCUGAGGAUUUUAAGAAAAAGAAAGGAUGGUCCAUUUCAACAAAAAGCCCGAAGUCUAUCAGUUCUUCUCAAGAAAGUAAAACAGAUCUUCCAUCUACUCCUGUCAAAGAAGAGAGUAAAUCUCAAGCUUUUGAACAUUUACCCAAAAGUGAACCUUCCCAUGACUCGGAGGAUUUUAUAUCUUAUUCUCCACUCUCUGAGCUCCAAACAGAGACUGAAGACAAAAUUAGCGAAUGUAGAAAAUCCCUCUUCAUGAAUAGUGCAUCUGAAAGUGAAUGUGAAGACACAGUGAAGCUUUUCAGUGAUGGUUUCUCAAGUGAAGAUGAGCUCCUCACUGAUUUUAUAGAUAAUUUGGAAUCCAAAGCUGUGCAGCUAAAGGAGCCUUCUUCUUUAAACACCCAGCUUGAGUCAGUUACCUCAUUAGCACCCGCCAAUCAGCCGACUUCCUCUGCUUACACAGGUGGAAAAGAAGCCCUCAGUGAAUCCACCAGUGCCAUCAAGAGCAGCAUUCAGUCCCCACAAAGUAUUGUUUUAGAGCGCCUGAGGGAAAGUAUUCUCAGCUCAGAUAACCUCCACCUGAAUAAUUUCAACAACAGCAACCUUCAAUCAGAGCAAGAACUUUCAUCCCAAGCCUCAAGUGUCCAAAAAUCUCAGAACAUGCCACCUCAGAGGGGUCCAAGCAAGGCAGGUCAGGCCUCAGGUCUGAAGCAGACAGACAUCGGAGUGUUUUUUGGCCUCAAGCCCUUGAAAGAGAAAGAGAUAGAGGCUGAGAGUGGAUCAAAUGGACUCAAGACCAACUCGAAUUCAACAGUGGGACGACAGAAGAGAGAGAGAGAAAGGAAAAGUAAGGAUGAUACAACCGUAGAGACCUCACAGACUGUGGAUAAUGAAAAUGCUGGUGAUGCUCAGGGGGAAGCAGGGAGAGGAAAGAGAGGAGGGUGGAGAAAAAGAUGGAACAGAGUGAAUGCCGAUGGAGAAGUGGAGCUGCCACGUUGUCCCUUCUACAAGAAAAUUCCAGGUAAAAGUGACCCAGCCAUCACUCUUUUAUAUAUAUUAUGCCUUAUAUAUAAUUUAUUGUCAAAACUAUAGUGUAUAUUUGAAUUAAUUUUCAAUUGAAGUGCAGACACCAUACAAACAUGUCAUCUUCCUAAAAUCUGACUUUCACCAGAAAAAUAAAUAUUUUAAUACUUUGAGGUGAUUUAGAUGGCAGAAUAAGUUUCUUGGUUCUCUCUGUGUUUUAUCAUGUUGAUGAGGUUUGUGUAACUGUUUCUCCAGGAACAAAGUUUGUCAUAGACGCCUUCAGGUAUGGAGAGGUCGCAGGGAUCACUGCCUACUUCCUCACACAUUUCCACUCCGAUCACUACGGGGGAUUGACCAAAAACUGGACAUUUCCAAUCUAUUGUAACAGAGUGAGUCAAGUAAAAACUAUUUAAAAGUGUUUAUCCUCAAUAAGCUUUAUGUUUCCAGAAACUGUUGCUCCUUAAUCCUUUGAGGAUUGUCUGUAAUUUUCCUCUUAACAUAAUCCCAGCUACCCAAUCCAGCAUAAUAAUUUAUCGUUUUAUUCGGUUCUAGUUCUGGUCUUGUCAGUAGGUUCUAAGUCCUGUUUGAACAGAAAGUCAGCAUCUCCAUAGUGUUAUAAACUUGACUUUGGUCUCAAUAAAACACAUUGGACCAAGACCAGCUGAUAACACCUGACUCAACACAGGCUCUGGAAACUCUGGGUUUACAGAUCUCUAAUGCAGUCAUACCCAUUGCUUGUGUACCUUUUUCCAGCCGGACCGGUCCCUCCAAGUCAGCUCCCCCCUAAUAUCCAUCUGUGAGCCGCCAGGCUUAUUUCAUUAUCGAUCGUCUGUGAUUUACAAUCUUUGUGAAAAGUAUUGAUGAUUUUCUUCUAGACAACUCUCACCUUAGCAGUCCCCCUUUAAGAUUGUGGUUUUGUGCACUAACAUAGACAGAGAUACACAGUGUUAGUGUUGUUUUGAUACUGAUUUACUCACAAAAAAAAAAAACUAUUCUUAGAAAGUCUCUAAAAUCUUUCAAAGUUGAGGCCAUAAUUGUCAGAAUAGAAAUAGAAGCUUGAUAGAAACAUUGUAGCUUCGGUGAUGAGGUUAGAAUUGAUGACAUUUGAAUAUUUAAAAACUGAUGGGAAAUAUUGAAGUUUUUCAUGAUAUUCUACUUAUUUGAAGCAUUUACCAAAUUACAAUGCCAACUGAAACAAACAUUUUCAUCACAGUUUCAACAAGCAGAAGUGAAAUGUGCUGCUACUCUUCUUCGCACAUUGAUUUGCUCUGGUGUUUGUGUUCAGGAUUAACCACUGUUGUGAAUCGGGUAAUAUUUGGUUCUGAUGUGUGAAAAAGUCUUGCAUAUUUGAAGCCUGUCACUUCACUGUCUUAACCUUUUAAAGGCUGUCGCUACAUGGUAUCAUGCCCCUUUAUUGUAUUUAUUGUAACAUGAACCGGUCAUAGGUUUUGUGUUUGACCCAGAUUUCAUUUUAGCCCAACAAUGAGCUGACACUGCACCUCACACCAACUGUCUGUCGUUUCAACUCCUUAUGAAGAAAGAGAUGUGCCAGUUUUAACGUGUGCAGUUUUUUGUGCUAAUUUAAGGCCCGCUCGUCUUUGAAUAAUAACGAAGGGAUUUGUUCUUUGAAGGGGCUACAAGCCCUUUUUCAAAAACUCCUGCUUAUUUGCACCUUCAUUAAAAAAGCUUUCUGACUGCUCCUUUCCACAUAAUUGGCACAAUGGCUGCCUGUGCCAUUUGUUAUCUUUCUGCACUGCAUGAAAUCAGGGUAAUGGAAAAAGUAGCUUUCACUUAAAAGCUAUGAAUACAAAUUAACCUUCAGCUCUGGAUAUCUUUAAGCUCAAUGAAGUUUGAAGACUGUUGGGUUUUCAUAUUUCGACUCAAUUGUAAAAAAGAAAAAAAAUGUUGCUGCAGGCUAAAAGAGGUGAUGCACCUUCAAAAACAAAAUUAAUUAGCCAAAAAGUAUAAAAAUAAAAUGAAUUGAAGUCCUGUUUUAUCAGAAACUGUCAAUAAUACAUUUGACGUGUUGGGAUCUGCGAAAACACGGAUAAGCUUGUGCUCUUUUGGCGCUUCUAGGAAGUUCAUACCCUUUAAGUUUGACCAGAAUGGCUGAGGAAAUAAGAUCAGAAGAGUCACUUAUCAAAAGGGACAUAAUACAAGAUAAUUCACAAUUUAAAACUGACUGACAGCUGCCUCCUCUGAUCAGAUAACAGGAAACCUGGUGAAGAGCAAACUGAGGGUGGCAGAACAAUAUCUCCAUAUCCUUCCCAUGAACACCCCCGUCACUGUGGAGGGGGUCAAAGUCAUCCUCCUGGAUGCCAACCAGUGAGUCUCUCAAUGUUUGCCAAGUUGUUUUGAAACACUGUUUCAGCCACUAAAGAUUCAGUUUCUGUUUUUUAAAGCUUUUCUUUUCAUCUGUUUGUCUGUUUUGUGCCUAACUGUUCAGUGUAAAAUGUGACUGUAGCUGCUGUGGCUGUAAUUUCCAGUAAACUGACAGCCUCUGCUAUUGAUUUGCACUACAGCAGUUUUUUACAACCAUGCAGCGAUAAAUAUUGACAACCCAUCUCAGAAAAAUUGCUUUGCAUUCUCACAUGAGCUCGCCCUGACUUUACCCCAAAGUGACACUAGGGGGCUAGUGGGAAAGAUUCUGGGUUAAAAAGCUUACUGGGCAACUUCGGGAUAUUCUGAAAGAGGUUUUGGUGUUUAAGCUAUUCAGCUUUCCAUCUGUUCUCUAAGUCACAGCUCUAGGGUAACCAACCACACUUUUCAUUCAUGAAAGCUAAAUAAUAAAAGCACCGGUUGCAUCUCUUAAUGAGUGGGAAAGCCUGGAAUGUCCUCACAGUCAAAUCUAUGUUAGAUCACAGUGUGUGUCUCUGUUUCUGUAGUUGUCCAGGAGCUGCCAUGCUGCUGUUCCUCCUGCCUGACGGACAGACAGUCCUCCACACUGGAGACUUCAGAGCUGACCCCUCUAUGGAGUCGUACCCUGAGCUCCUCGGCUGCAGGGUGCAGACGCUUUACCUGGACACCACGUGAGAACUCACCCUUUCUUGUCUCUUAUAAAUUAAAUGUACCUGUGAGGUUCAAACAGAGGACUGUGGUGAUAUUGCACUUGUCUUAGCUGUGUGUAUAUGUGUGUAUGACCUUUUAAGGAUGGUUACUGCAAAUACCUGCAGAUCAAUAUUAGCUUAGAAGUUUACCAUCCUCACACAAUGUUCAGUCCAUCCAGAGGCGCCUCAGGUUUUCAUUGUUAGCUCUCUUAUCCUUACAGCUACUGCAGCCCUGAGUACACUUUCCCCAGACAAGAAGAAGUCAUCAGCUUUGCGGCCAGCACAGCCUUUGAGCUGGUGACGCUCAACCCACGAACACUCGUGGUGUGUGGGUCCUACUCUGUGGGGAAAGAGAAGGUCUUUCUGGGUGAGUGUUCAGUCUGAAUUGAACUCUCUGCUUCAACUGGGCUGCAUGAAAUUCAUGAUAGUAACAUUUUUAUAAAUCAGUCUGUCUUAAUUUAAAAUGCAAUCAGUGCUGUAGGGGUGGGAUAAAAAAUUGAUACACUAUAGUAUUGUGAUAUUUUGUGUGGUGAUAUAUCGUAUCGUCUCAUUUACCAAGUAUCGAUUUGUCAAAUUAAUCGCCAAUAUGAAGUCAAAGCUAUGACAAUGGAAAAAUAAAAUCAACUGUUUGUCCAGUGAGGUUGGCAGAGGUGACUUCAUAGAGCAGGAGAAAGUUAGUGCAACAAAUAUAUGUGAGGUUUGAAAGAUGUGCUUCAUGAAAAUAAAAUACAGCGUAAAUAAGACAAACAUAAAGGAAAGACAAAUGCUAAAUUAGCUGAACAGUUGAAAAAUUGAAUAAAUCUCAAUAUAUUGUUUUGCAAUACUCACUGUAAUGCAAAAUGUUAAACAGUUGAAUAGUUUAGCAGAUGUAUUAAUAUAUUGAUCACUGAUUGGUUCAGGUCUUCAACUAUUUGUAGACUCAUUAAAAAUGGAUGAUGAGUAAAAGAAUGUAACAGCACAUCCAGAAAUCCUGUUAACUUAUUUUCGUCAACAUUAUCGGGCUCUUUGGGGUCUAUGCUAUAUGAGUGACAAUCUUAUCAAUUUAGUGUAUGUGUAUGUAAAACACAAAUUUAAGAAGCUUGAAAGAAGGCCUUACAUCAAACACCAACUGUGCAAUGUUUCUACGCCUCCUCUGUAAAAGCGUGUUUCCUCACAUCAAUUCUGACCUUUCCUUCUAAUGAAAGGUCUCUGAAACGAGAGCAGUGUGGAGAAUUGAGGAUUAGUCUGUUUUGAGAAAAGAGACUGGUGACGCAUGAAGAAUAGUCUGUUCCAUUUUUGGUGAGGUUGAAAAACAAGUUUUGUCCUCUCAAAGUGAACAACGUGCAUUUAAAUCUGUUUAAUAACUACAACAGAGAGAGGCAACAGCUGAGUUAAGUAACCCCAGAGUUGACAGAAUAACUGGGGUUGUAACAGUUGCUCUGAUACAGAACAAAAGCAUAAAGAUGUCUUUUGUGCACAGAUCAGUGAUAUCAAGAGAUGUUGAUGUACUGGUUUUUAGCAGGGGUUAACGUGAGGAUAACUAAAAGGCUAAACCUCUUUUAAUGUUUGACUCUGCUGUGCUUCAUUCGCAGCUCUUGCAGAGAUCCUGGGCUCUAAAGUCUGCCUCUCCAGAGAUAAAUACAACACCAUGUGCUGUCUAGAGUCAGAGAAAGUCAAACGGCUCAUAACCACUGACUUGAAGGCGGCCCAGGUCCAUGUGCUACCCAUGAUGCAACUCAACUUCAAAGUAGGUGCAGCUGUUUCAUUUUCCCACAGCUGGUCUAUCACAGUGGGACUCGAAGCCAAGGGGAUUGAAAAAAAGGAAACCUCUCAUGAUAGUUUAUGUACAUGCUACUACGUUUGGGUGCAUUUAUUUGGCCGAUUUAUUUGGACGUUUAUGUUUGUCCUACAUGUGUUUAUUCCAUAGACUGUAUAUGGAAUGGACAGAGUCUGCCUCCUCGCUGGGUGAACAGCACCCUCUGUUGAUGGGCUGCAGUAUAGGUCAUAAAUCCCGCCUUCGCCAGCAAAGCUUAUGGAGCUGUGGACAAACUUUAGAAAUUUAUUACACAGAACAUACAUUUUUCUCCCCCCUGCUUGUGAUGUUGACAUGUAGUUAUUGUAAGACUGGUUUGUGCUCAAGUCCUCUUUUUUCUGUGAAGCUCCGCUUUCAAAAGUUAUUAGGGGGUUCGUGUUUUCUAUGAUUGACACCUGAUACAGCCUAUGGGUGUUCAAGGAUUGCAUAGCUCACCCGGGGGAUACGCUGUUUGAGCCGAGCGUCACCGUAGCGACUCUCAGCGACUGCACAGCCGAAUGCGCGCAUCGCUACUGCGCAGCGCUGUUUUCAGGAAAUGAAGAAAAAUCCCGGAAAUAUCGAGAGCUUUUUGGCUUCAAAUCUGUAUACAGGUGGGAGGCGGAACCAAGUUGUCCAGAGUAUAUACAGUCUAUGGUUUAUUCAUAUCAUUACCCUAUUAAAAUAAUGGCCUAGUCAUUUUUUGACUAAAAUGAAUUUUCGGGAGGGGGGGGUCAAAAAAUGACUUAGACCAUUAUUUUAAUAGGGUGACGAUAUGUUAGUCUGUGAUCCAGACACUGAAAUAGACCAAAGCUGUAAUUUCCCACAACAAUUGAAAGCACCUAAAUUCUGCAUCUGUUGAACCAUCUCAACUCUUGUAAAUCAGUAUAAUCAAAGCAUCACUAUGCACUACGUGACAAGACUGGCUUCGAGAAAGCCGUCAGUCAGCUGUGUCUCUGUAGACCACGAAUUAUCCUUAACCUACUUUCUAGCAUGUAGCAACAGCAGUGUUUCUCACUGUACUUGUAGCAUGUUGUUGUGCAAUGCUAGGGACUGUGGUGUUUGUUGACAACGAGAGCAGUCAGAACGAUUGACCUCAUUCAGCUUCUUCUUUUUCUUCCGCCUCAUUGAACACAUUAGACCAGUAGAACAAGUGUGUGCAAGUCUACAUGGUUUUAUUCUGAAUAAAUAUCUGAUGCACGUGUCCCAUGUCUUAAUUGGGUCACUCCAUGUAAGAAGAAAAUGCAAAUCUUAGGUUUUGUCUUACAAAACUGUCAUCAGUCUUGUGAGAACAAAGUCGGUACAUGUGACCACAUUUGGCAGCCUUUUUUGGUCUUACAAAAAUAUUACUGAAAUUCCUUUCACAUUUACAGCUGAACAGAAAGAUACGUAAUGGAUCCUUUUGAUCAUAUAAUUCUCAUUUUCACAUUUUGCUCUGUCUCCAGAAACUGCAGGAUUACUUGGCUCGCUUUUCUUCACAGUACGAUCAGCUGGUGGCUUUUAAACCUACAGGUUGGACUUUCAGUCAGCAGGUGGACUCAGUGAGAGAUAUUCAGCCUCAGAUCAGUGGCAAUGUCUCCAUAUAUGGUACCGAUUAUCUCCCUUCUUUUUAAGACUCUUACAGCACACAGUCUUGAAACUCUGAUGAAAAAUAAGGAUUUUUUAAAUAAUUUUACUUGUCAAUUCUUCUUUUAGCAGAAUGUUUAAUCACUGUUAUUCACAUUGUCUCUAGCCUACAGUGCCCUCUGUUGGCUGAGAGAGGAGGUGCCCAGUAGUUGAUCAUAAAAGCUUCAUACACUUUGCCUCUGCCCUACUGUAGACAGAAAAAUUACUCAGUUUGUGUGUUUAUAAAGAGAAAUAUCAAAGGAAAAAAAAAGUUCCUGUUCAGUAAAAAUCAUACUGCAAAAACUCUCUAGUUCACCACCAGCUUUGUUCCCUCACUCACAAUAAGGCAAAUUGUAAUAAUCAGAGCACACAGUUGAUGGAAUAAAGUCUUAAAAUUGUUUUUAGCAUUUUUUACAUUUAAAUUGAACUCUUGAGGCAAGGAUUUAAAGCUCCCUCUAUUUCCCCAUCAGGGAUCCCGUACAGCGAACACAGCAGCUUUCUGGAGUUGAAGCGUUUUGUCCAGUGGCUUAACCCCCUCAAAGUCAUCCCUACAGUCAACAUCGGCAGCUGGACAAGCAGGAAGGCAAUGGAAAAGUGCUUCAGUGAGUGGAUGAUGGAAACUAAAGCAAAACUUUAAUUUAUAUACCCGGAGAAAAGUGUGAGCCUCUGCUGCUUUUUGGUUAUUAGAGAAAGUAACUUGAAAUGCUGCAUGACCAUAGGGAACAGAUGUAUAUUUCAAUGCUUUCUUUUUUCCUUUGGUUGAUGUGGACUGACUUGGGCUACGAAGCCUUUUACACUAACAUUUCAAUCCAGACUGACAGGUCCUGUUUCAAGUGUCCAACAUUAAAUUCACCCAUGACUGUUCAAGUCUGUUAAAAGUGGCCAGUGCAGACUCCUAAAUAAGCUUAUCACUUAGAGUAUUAUACAUGGGAACUGAUGUGUUUAAUGUGACCCCUGUUUGUCUCAAGUAUGUACUCUAAGUUCUGCUCUUUAAAUUAUCAGUAUGUUUUUUAAAUAUUAGAAAUUUUUAUGCUGGAAAAAUAAAUAUUUUAAAUUUCCUUAA